CCCGUACAAAGUGUUUGGAUCAGUCAGCAGUUCCAGCACAGAAAUUAACGAAAUCAAUUCAAAAGAAUUCGAUUAACCGCAUACAGCCAACAAAGUACAGAAAUUAUAAAUAUAAUAAAAAAGAAUGUGCUUGUUCAAAUAAAAAAAUAAAUAAAAAAUAAUUAAAGUGCAGUAAAAGCAAUCAUAAAGUUUUACGAAAUGAGAUUUGCUGUUAAGAAUAAAUUUAAUUUAAAAAUCAUUAUAAUUUUACUUGCAAUUUACGCAAGAGUUAACAGUGGAUUCCGAACCGAUGAUAGUUUACACGUAAAUGGAAACAAUCAUGAAGAUUAUGUGUUUAUUACAGAAAGCCUACCUGAAGACAAUAAUCUGCUACCGACCAUAUCGAACGGACACAUUGGAUUCACAGUACUUAGUGAUUCAGUUUAUAUGAAUGGUUUGUACAAUGGUCUCAAAGGCUUAAGCCAUCGUGCUAGAAUACCAAACGAAAUGAACAUUAACAUCGCCAGCCCAUCAAUCACAAAUAAAACAUUUACUUUUAAUGCAAAAUCUGGAACAUUUCAAAUUGACAUGAUCGGUCCGGAUUACAGUAUCGUGCAUCGCAUCUAUGCUCAUCGAUUUUACAAUAGAGCCAUUAUAAAUCAAGUGUACAUUUAUCGACUUAAUUACGAAGGUGAUAUUACCGUCGAUGUAAAUCGUAAUACGGGAAACUCAAGUGAAGAUAUUACAUUCGACCAUAAAAAUGUAAUCAAAGUAAAUAAUCAAAGUGUAACAGCAGCUUGUGGACUAACAAAUGAGGUAGAAGAUCCCGAAUAUCAAGUAAAUCUUCAGCAAGUUUGUGUUUUAUGGAAUCGUGUUCCAGAACAGUUAACACUAAAAAAAGGCAUGCAAGUCAUGUCUUUCAAAUUCGUAAUGACCGUUGACGGUGUUUUGAGUGUAGCCAAGCAGGAAAUGACGGAUGUUUUGACCGUUUCGAAUUCAGAACUGUUCAAAAAACAUGUAGCCGAAUGGGAUGAAUUUUGGAACGAUUUCGAAAUCAAAGUUUCUGGAAACCGUAUUUUAUCACGUGCAAUAUACGCCAGUAUAUUUUAUUUGGUUAGUUCCUUACCAUCCAAUCAAACAAACAUACCUACGAAUGAAUUCUAUGGAUUAAGUCCAACAGGUCUCGGACGGGGUGGUAAAAUUUCUGAAGACUACGAAGGACAUAACUUUUGGGACACUGAAAUAUGGAUGCACCCACCAAUACUUUUAAUGAAUCCGACAUGGUCGAAAGCUUUGCUAAACUAUCGCUUCCGCAAACUUGAAGCAGCUAAAAGAAAUUCGGUGAUAUCUGGAUUCGAUGGUGCAAGAUUCCCAUGGGAAUCGGCAUUCACUGGAUUGGAAGUCACUCAGCCCUGUUGCCCGGAGGUUGCUAGAAAUCAGAUUCACGUGACCGCUGACAUUAGCUUUGCUAUUCGCAAUCAUUUCGCUGCCACAAACGAUAUGCAAUGGCUACGUCGUGAAGGAUGUCCAUUAGCUAUAGAAAUAGCCAAUUUUUGGAAAAGUCGUGUUGUUUACAAUAAAUCAACUCACUUUUAUGAUAUCAGAGACGUUAUGGGACCAGAUGAAGAUCAUGAAUUGGUUUCGAAUAAUGUUUACACGAAUGUUGUUGCUGGAUAUGCAUUAUACUUUGCCGAUUUUGCUUCGUGCUUGUGCUUCCCCAGUAUCAAUACCAUCCUUAGUUGGAAAGAAAUAGCAAAACGUAUCAAACUACUUUACAACUCGACAUACAAUUACCAUCCGCAGUACGAGGACUACCAACAAGGAACGAUAAUUAAACAAGCAGACACAGUUCUGCUUGGCUAUCCACUUCUGUACAACAUGAGCGAUGCUGUGAAGAGAAAUGAUCUACUUAUUUACGAAAAUGUGACUCGCCAAACGGGUCCGGCAAUGACAUGGCAAAUACACGCAAUAAGUCAUAUAGAAUUAAAUGAAAUCGAAAAAGCAGAUGUUUUCUUUCGGAAAAGUUAUCAGAAUUACAUACGACCACCAUUCAAUGUGUGGAAUGAGGUGAUACAAGGUGAAAAGGGUGCUACAAAUUUUAUAACUGGUUCCGGUGGCUUUUUACAAACUGUACUGAAUGGUUAUGCGGGAAUUAAAAUGUUUAUUGACCGGCUUGAGAUAAGAAACCCUCGUUUGCCGUUCAUGACCGAUAAGCUGUCUAUUUCAGCCAUUAAAUAUAUGGGAUCGUCAUUGGAAAUAAAUAUUGGCAAGAAUGACACCCACAUUCGGUGUUUGCGCUCUAAUGAAGACGUAACUCUCCAAAUAAUCUAUCCUAAUGGAACCGCUGCACUCAUUGCUAAAGAUUUAAAGUAUAAUGUCAAUUCGGAGACUGUCGUCAUAAAAAGGAUGAACAGUGCAUUCGGUCAUUGCAAAAUACCGGACGACAUUAUCGGAGUAUCAGAUUAAACUCGCGCCCAUCAAUAUUUCAUUAAAAUAAAAAUGAAAAUUUUUGGAUGUUUUAGUUAGGUGCAUUAAAUUUCUGAAGGUAAAAAUGAUAAUUCAAAGAGAAUGCCACAGUAAUAAUAAAAAUGAUGGCUCCUACAACGCAACUUUCGUUUUAAAUAUCAUAUUGAAAGGUGCACAUCACGGUGAAGUUGUAGAAUGUUACCUACACUACUAGCUAAUGUGUGUAAUCAUUUUUAUAAACAUAAAUGAAAAAACCC